AAACCCCACUUCACUGUGUGACGCGGUGACGCGGCCCUCAGUAGCGCGUCACUCUUGUCUCAGCCAAUCAGAGCGCUACGUGUAUCACGCUGAGGGUUCAGAGGUCAGGGGUUGACCACGAAAGAGGAAGAUGGCGGCGGGCGGACCCAUCUGCAGACAGCGAUGAAGCAGCUUUAGCAGGCAGAGACGACUGAAGAGAACAGCGACCACUAUCCUUUACGGUUCUUACGAGGAAUAAGCACGCUGAUGGCGCUGCUUUACGGCCUGUUGUGGCGGCUGCUGCUGGUUCUGGUCCACAUCAACAGAGCGCUCGUCGUGUGGCUCCGUGUCCGGCUGCGGAGCUGCAAGGGCCGGCUGUGGGAGCGAGCUGUGGCCGCCCUGCUGCUGCCGGUCGCCCUGGCUGGGUUCCCGGACCACCACAGGAAGCUGAACGAAACCCCCGGUGCCACCGCUGACCCCGGGACGGGAACCCGCACCGCAGGUCGCCGGUCGCGGUGUCUGUCCGACGGGAGGUCUCUGGAGAAGCUGCCGGUCCACAUCGGCCUCCUGGUGACGGAAGAAGAGCCCAGCUACACGGACAUGGCCAACCUGGUGGUGUGGUGCAUGGCUGUCGGCAUCUCUUAUGUCAGCGUCUAUGACAGUCACGGUAUUUAUCGCAAGAACAACUCCCGCCUGCUGGAGGAGAUAGUAAGGCAGCAGCAGGACCUGCUGGGUGCGGACGGAUCCAAAUACAAUGUGGAGUUCCUUAGCAACGGCAGUGACAAACAGCAGCACCAAGUGGUUUCCUGCAGGCCCACAGUGAAGGUGUUGUCUCCAGAGGACGGGAAGCAGAGCAUUGUCCAGGCAGCGCAGCAGCUCUGUCGCUCUGUGGAGAACAAAGAGAGGAGCUCCAAAGACAUCAGCGUCUCCAUGCUGGACGUACUGCUAAGAGAAUCCAAGAACGUGCCGGACCCUGAGCUGGUGGUGAAGUUUGGUCCGGUGGACAGCACGCUGGGCUUCCUCCCCUGGCACAUCAGACUCACUGAAUUCAUCUCCCUGCCCUCCCACAGAAAUGUCUCCUAUGAGGACCUGUUCGGUGUCCUGCAGCGGUUUGGUUCUUUUCAGCAACGGCUGGGCCAGUGACGUGCCGGGCCCCUGUGUCAGGCUCCUCAAAGAGAAAAGAGGUGUGGGGGUUCACACGCCCAAACUCUGUCCAUCUCCUGGAUCUUUAACAGACUCAAAAGACCAGCUCAAAGACCAGGAAGCUCACUUCCUGGCCCCAGCUCUUGUCUCAUGAUAAACUCACAUUCCAGGACUUCUGGAACGCGCUCUCCAAAGCCAAGAGAAAAUAGCACAUCACUGACAUAAGAGGACUGUCUGCACAGACUCAGUGUUCCACAAAACCCUGUUCUGUUUCCUCUCUAACCCUCUUGGCUCGCUGUUUGCCAUUCAGUCUCCAGCUGCUGUUGUCUGCUGUAGACUUAGAAAAUGACUCGCCUUCACUCGGCGGAUGACAAAAGAAGAAACGAGGCUUUGUGCCCGUCUUCGCGAGGCCCCCGCGGGUAAUACAGCUGGGUCUCGACUCCCAACCACCCAUGAGGCAGAGAGGCGGAAGUUGAGCUUAAGGACAGAGUGGUUAAUAAUGUGUAAAUAUGAUAAAUUCAUGUGGCUCUGUGUUUGUUGUCCCCGUGGCCUCCAGUUUGCAGUCAUGUGUUCAUGCGUAGUGAUGCUUCAGACACAUACAGAGGUUUGUUUCAAGGCUCCUGUUAGACAGACCAAGCUCUGAUAUAAAGAAAUGCACUGUCUGCCUUCAGUCCGAUUUUACGUCACUUUAAAGGAGUCCCUGACAAAACUCCCCCUAAUAACUAUCCUGACUGACAUAGUUUACUUAUCUGAGUUCUCACUCAACACAGGUCCAUGUUUGGGUCUCAUAAUGACGCAGAACAUGAGAUGAUGUGUGAUGAUUUAUGAAACUCAAGCAUAAAAUUGAUGUAUCCACCUUAAGUUUAAAUCAUUUUGUCAAACUACUAUUUGAACAACCUUUCACACUAAACUAUCAUAGAUUUGAAAAACGUUUUCUAUCAUUCAUACUAACUGUCCUCACAGAGUCGAUAUCUGAGAUCUGGAAACAUGGUGACAUCACUGAGAAGAAGUUUGUAACGAUAAAACAAGCAGUGAGACGUUGGGACAGGUUGGAAACGAAUCUCAAGUUUGGAAAAAAUAAUUUGGAGGAGAAACAAACCAGUAUCAACGUUAACUGCCUGGGCCUUGACCGGGGGAGUAAUACAUUUUGACUUGUCAAACAAGGGUGUAACUAAAAAAAAAAAAAACAUGAAUUGUUUCACCUGUGCUUUUCGUGUUGUGACAAAAUAUUUGCUGUGGGAAAAAGAUCUGAAAAAAUUGGUUCCAUUUGGAAAUAAUAAAAUGUUCCACUGGUUUAAACUGCCAAAUAAAAACGCUGGCAAAUUUCAACUUGUAUUUGUUUUAUGCCUCCGUUUCGUGGACAGUCGUGGCUGGAGGCCGGAUGUUCUCGGGUUGUCCGUCCGUCCAUUUGUUGAUAUUUCAGGAACACAUAGAGGGAAUUUCUUCAGGUUUGCCACAAGCGACAACCUGGGCUCAAGAAUGAGAUGAUUAGAACUAGUAGGUCAGGUCCGUCCUAUUCUUGUGAACAUAAUAAUAGGGGAACGCCUUGAGUGACUGUCUAAUUAAAAUUUCCAUCAAAUUUGGCAUAAAACGUCCACAAAUGGACCAAAGGUUAUUAAAAUUUGGUGGUUUAAAGUUCACUGCGACCUCACAAAACACAUGUUUUGGGCCAUAAUUCAAGAAUUGAUAUUCUUAUUGUGACAAUUUAACACAAAUGUCUAAUAGGAUAAAAUGAUGAAUUGAUGACUGUUUUCCAGACUUUUACUUGCAAAUGAUUAUGGGGAUUUCAUUUGUUUUGUGUGUUGGUUGUUGCGUAUUGCGUCACUGUUUUUGAUGUCAAGAAUGUAAUAGAAAAUAUAAAACUGAGACAUGCUUGAAGGUCUGCAUCCCAAACACAAGACAAAUUCAUUGGGAGAGAUACCAGAGAACGAAUAUAUAUAUAUAAAAAAACAAGGUACAGAGGUAAAAAGGUGAGUCAUGAUUGAUUUUGGACAGACAUGAAUGUAAACUGCAACAAGACUUGGCAUUCAUCCGCGAGGUGGUUAUUUUCGUUUAUUUGGACAAAGGAAAUAAAUUAGAAACAUG